ACAAACAGACUUCGUCUCGUCGUUAAGGGAGUCCUCUUUCGCCCAAGUCCCACAAGCAGUGCAGGCAACUCGCCAAGGUCACGGUUGCAACUUUCUUAAAGCACAGGACUGCGCUGCGACCGCCACUUUUCAUUGGCAGGCGAAACAGAUCAUUUCUGUCAUGUACGAGUAUCAGACAGGUGUCCAAACGGCGGGGGUGACGGUGGAGCAGCUGGACUUCCCGCCCCUGGUGCUGGGCGAAGGACCCUACUGGAUCGAGAGCCUCCAGGCCCUCAUGCUCGCCGACGUCUACAGCAACAUCCUCAGGAGGCGCUUCUUCCCCUCCGGCAGACACCAGGUUCUUCAUCUAGAUUCCACUGGCGACCCCCUGGAUGUGAUAACGGCUGCGAUCCCAGUGGAAGGCGAACGGGAUGUGUUCGUGGGCGUGGAAGGGAAACAUAUCUCGUUCCUGCAUUGGGCACCCUAUGAUCCCGACGACCACAAUGCGACCACGGCGAUCAUCCACACGACUAAGGACUUUGCCUUCAACGACGCCAAGUGCGACCCUCAAGGCAGACUCUGGGCAGGCACGACAGUACCUUUGGACGAAAAUGUGCAGGUGACGGAGGUUAACGCUUCGGGUCUGUACAGGAUGGACAGCAAGCUUGAAGUCACUAAGUGGGCUACAGUGUCCCUGUCAAACGGCAUGGACUGGAGUCUGGACCGGAAGUACUUCUAUUACGUGGACUCUCACACUCGCACCAUCGACGUCUUCGACUACGACGACAAGUCCGGAGCCAUCAGCAAUCGACGCGUAAUCAUCGACUUCAACAAAGCCGGCCUGAGGGACCAGUUCCCGGAUGGAAUGGCGAUCGACGUCGACGGGAACCUGUGGGUGGCGUCCUUCGGCGCACAUCAGGUCAUCUGCGUGGACCCCCGCACCGGCAGGAUCCUCCGCCGGGUCGCCAUUCCUGCCAAGAACGUGAGCUCGGUGUGCUGGGGGGGACCCGACUACUCCAUCCUCUUCGUGACCUCCGGGACCCUCGGGAUGACCCCGGAGGAGAUCAAGGCCAGCCCUUUGUCGGGAGGAACCUUUGCCGUGACGGGUCUUGGCACCAAAGGCCUCCCCGCUGCUCAGUUCAGGGUCAACUUCCUGCAGUUGCGAGCGCAGCAGCAGGUGGCCGUGGGAAGGAAACAUGGGUAGGCGCUGCGGUGCGUCCGAAUUGCUGGGUAUUAUUUGAAUAAAAUUAUUUGAAUAUUAAAAGUAAAAUAUUUAGAAUAAUUACCAACAUCCAUUCCUGAUUUCCAUCAUAGAGAAACAUUUUGAUGUCCUGACCAAUAGACUGAAAUAGGCUUACCCUGAUCAGAUUCUGAGAUGCCGUUUGCAUUGAUUUUCAUGUUUACCUGCUAUGGAAAGCUGAAAAUGCUGAUUGUUUUUCUUCUUUCCGAAAGGCCAAAAUUCUCUUUUCGAAUUAAGAUCUGAUAUUCUUCAGCAACAUAUUUUGUGUAAUAUUUCUUUUCAUUUAAAAAGACAUCUUAAAACUCGGGGAUUAUCUAGCGUCAGUAGACAGAACCACCUGUUCUAGUUCAACAAGAAAACAAAUCUCUCGUGUUUUAUGAUUAAUAUACAAAUUCAAGCUUCCAAUAUACUGGCAUAUGCUCAAUAUUUAUGUACUAAUGUCAACAUUUUCAGAUGUUUUCAAUUUUUGAAUAAAAAUGUAGUAUUUAACUUGCUUAAUGUUUGAUUCUAAUUAAUCAAAAUAGGAAUGUUUUUCUCACAUGCAAUUUCAUGUUUUAACUAUUAUGCUUGUUUAUGCAAGAAGAAAUAUUUUCAUCUUUAUGUAAUCUCAUGUAGGUUUGAUUAGAUAUAGAACGCUUUGUUUACAUAAUUGGACUUAAAUGAGUAUUAAUGUCUGUAAUACAUUGCUAUAGUGAAAUGAAAUGUUAAAAUGACUAAUUAAACGUA